GCUUCGAAAUGAAGCGCAAGUCUUCCUUCUCACUACUCGAUACCACCGCGCACCGUCCAGCUCCUCAUGUGGAAGGACAAGAUGAUGGUGGACGCAUGGAGAAGCUUCAACAGCUCAUGGCAUACUACGAGCCGAACGACCCCGAGUCGAUCCAAAAAUCGUUUGCCCGGCAUCUGGAGUAUUCUCUCGCGUGCACGCGGUUCAACUUCACCAUGCAGGAUGCCUACCGUGCAGCUGGCCUUGUUCUUCGUGAUCGCUUGCUCGAGUCCCUUAACGACACCAACACCUAUUACCGGGAGCAGGAUGUGAAAAGGGGGUAUUACUUGUCGGCCGAGUACUUGAUUGGCCGUCACAUGCAGAACGCAAUCGCCAAUCUGGACUUGGAGCAGCCGUUCAAGGAUGCCUUUGAAGACUUGGGGAUGAAGCUCGAGGAGUUGUUUAGCGAAGAAGCAGAUCCGGCACUGGGAAAUGGAGGACUGGGGCGCUUGGCGGCCUGCUUCCUGGAUUCUAUGGCGACCCUGUCGCUCCCAUGCUGGGGCUAUGGCAUCCGUUAUAGCUACGGAAUGUUCAAGCAGGGCAUCAAGGAUGGCCGGCAGAUUGAAGAGCCCGAUUUCUGGAUCGGUGACGGCUGCCCCUUUGAGAUUCCUCGUCCGGAUGUCACGUAUCCUAUCCGCUUCUAUGGCAGAGUGGAAGAGGUUUACGAGAACGGCAGAAGCGUAUCAAGGUGGGUCGGGGGCGAGAUCGUGCAGGCAAUGGCGUAUGACAAUCCCAUUCCGGGCUUUGACACCUACAACACAAACAACCUGCGGCUUUGGCGAGCUUGUCCUAGCGAGGAGUUCGACUUGGAUGCCUUCAGCAGCGCACAGUUUCAAGAUGCGAUCACACAGCGGCGCAAAGCCGAAGAUCUGUCUGCCGUGCUCUACCCGAACGAUGCAACAUAUGCUGGAAGGGAGCUUCGCCUUCGCCAGCAGUACUUCUUCGUGAGCGCGUCUCUGCAGGAUUUGUUGCGAGAAUUCAUCAAGCGACCAAAUUAUCAGUGGGAAGACCUUCCGCAAAAGGUUGCCGUGCAGAUGAACGACACGCAUCCGACCAUCGCUGUUGCAGAGUUCAUGCGCCUUUUGGUGGAUGUGCAGCAGCUGGAUUGGGACAGAGCAUGGGAAUUGACCAGGAAGUGCUUGAACUAUACCAACCACACUGUCAUGCCGGAGGCUCUGGAGAAAUGGCCGGUUGAGAUGAUGGAGCGGAUGCUUCCGCGACACCUGCAAAUCAUUUAUCACAUCAACGGCAUCUGGAUCCAGAAGCUGCUGCAAAGGUGGGGUGAUGGGCCUAUCAUCGCGGCUUUGAGCAUCGUAGAGGAAGGCGACAUCAAGAAGAUCCGCAUGGGCCACCUCGCUAUCAUCGGCUCCAACAAGAUCAACGGAGUCGCAGCUCUCCACACCGAGAUCAUCAAAAAGGAAACCUUCCCUGAGUUCUACAAGUGGUGUUGCGACAACGGGGAGCAUGACAAGAUUGUGAACAUGACCAACGGCGUGACGCCGCGGCGCUGGAUCCACUGCGCCAACCCGGUGCUCAGCGAGAUCUUCACCAGAUACCUCGGUUCACAGGAGUGGCUUACCGACAUGACGAAGCUGAAGGGCAUGCUGGACUACAAAGACGACAACAAGUUGCACGACGAGCCGACGUCUUACGCUUUCAUCUUCCGGGUUGGCUCCUGCUUCAAGAGCUUGUUGAGGUGGAUGGCCAUGAAAAACGGCUGCAAGGCCAAAUUGGCUGAUUGGCUGAAAUCAACGAUGGAUCUGGAGAUCGACGAAGAUGCUUUGAUUGACAUCCAGAUCAAACGAAUUCACGAGUACAAGAGGCAGCUGAUGAACAUCCUUUUCGUCAUCCACCGCUACCUGGACCUGAAGAAGAAGUCUCCAGGUGAACGUGCCGCCGUGCAGAAGCGUGUGGUCCUGAUUGGCGGGAAGGCCGCGUCGGCAUAUGUCAAUGCGAAGAUCAUUAUCAAGCUCAUCAACAACGUGGCAAAGGUGAUCAACAAUGACCCCGAGACACAGCAGUACCUCAAGUGCGCCUUCGUGCCGAACUACUGUGUCUCCGCGGCACAGGUGAUGAUCCCCGCAUCGGACAUCUCGGAGCACAUUUCCACUGCUGGAACAGAAGCCUCUGGCACAUCCAACAUGAAGCUACCUGGAAAGUUUGUCAUGAAUGGUGGUCUGAUUGUUGGAACGAUGGAUGGUGCGAACAUCGAGAUCAGGGAGGAAUGCCACGAUACGAUGUUCAUCUUCGGAUGCCAGGAAAAUGAGGUGGCGGGCAUCGCUGCUCGGGCGCAGGAAGGCCACUAUCCGAUCGAUGGGCGCCUGCAGGCCGUCUUUGACGAGAUUCGCAGCGGCAAGUUCGCGGGCCAGGCCGAGCCCGAGGCGCAGGGUGAGUUCGAAUCGCUGAUCAACCGCAUGUGCAACACCCGCGCGGCAGGAACUUGGGAUGGAGACAGGUAUUUGGUGAUCCAUGACUUCCCUUCGUUCAUCGAUGCGCAGGCGAGGGUGGAUGAGACCUACAAGAAUAGGCACCAAUGGUGCAAGCUGAGCAUCCAAGCAGCCGCCUCCAUGGCGCAAUUCUCCACCGAUCGAACCAUGCGAGAGUACGCCAAGGUGAUCUGGGAGAUCGAGCCGGCCAGGCGCCCCGUGAACGAGGAGAUGGCGGCGAGGAAGCAGGCGGUUGGGAAGGACAAAGAGACCAUCGCCAAGGAAGCGGCGGAGAACGCCGCGGCCAAGGAGGCCGCUGCCAAGGAAGCAGCGCAGGCUGCUGCUGUCAAGGAGGCAGCUGCGAAGGAAGCUGCCAAAGAGGCUGCGACCAAGGAUGCGCUUGCCAAAGAAGCAGCCAAGGAAGCGGCUGCAAAGGACGCAGCUGCCAAGAAAGCUGCAAAGGAUGCUUCUGAGAAGGAGGUAGCUGCCAAGGAAGCUGCAAGAGAUGCAGCCGCUAAAGAGGCAGCUGCCAAGAAGGCUGUCAAGGAUGCCGCAAUCAAGCGAGAGGCAGCUGACAAGGAGGCCAGCAAGGCAGGGCGAGAGGCAGCAGCCGAGAGACUGAACAUUUGCCUUGGCCUUGGCCUUGGCGCCUCGGUUUUUGUGGGGUCGCAGGCCGACGCCAAGGCCGCCCCGGGCAGAGGCCGGUGA